AGGCCUCAUACCGUAAUGCAGGGAAGCAAUUGUUUGGCAGUGACAUAACUAAGAUUGCUUCAGAAAAUGCUGAUAUUAUGAGAAAUAAAAUAUUUCACAAUCACAUUCCUAUUUCAAAAAUAGAUUUCAGUUCGGUAAAUAUCUGUAAAAAAACGACAAGUUUCGUCCAAACUCAUUCGGACAACAACGGUUUCCUCAUCUGCCAAAAAAGAGGCCCUUUCAGCAACAGCCCUUUCGACAAAAUCCACGGUUCAACAACAACUCCCAGUAAAGGUUGGCUACAGUUUUUUUAUGCAAAUUGAGAAAAUAUCACUCAAGAUCCAUUCAUUUCAAAUGCAGUUCAAGGUUUCAAAAUUUGUUUUCGUUCUCAUCCGAUUCAAUCCAUUGUUCCUCGGGUUUCAAAUCAGGAUUUAAUAAUCAAGGACGAAGUUUCGUCACUCCCAAAGAAGGGAGCAAUAGAACAUGUUCCUUUCAGCACAGACGGGUUUUACCAUCGUUUGUUUCUGGUCCCCAAAAAAGGCGGGGGCCAGAGGCCAGUGUUGGAUUUAAGUUCAUUAAACCAGUUUAUCGAUGCGGAACAUUUCAAGAUGGAGAAUGUAUCUAAAGUCUCUUCUCAACAAGGGGGACUAUAUGAUAAACUUAGACUUGACGAAUGCGUACCUGACAGUUCCCAUCCAUCCUGUCUCCCAAAAAUUUCUUCGAUAUUUUUUCGGGAACGAAACUUAAUUAUCAGUUUACAGUAAUGCCGUUCGGGCUGAAUAUUGCUCCCAGAUUUUUCACGAAAUUGUGAAACUUGUUGUGGCCUCAUUGAAAAGAAAAAGGAUUUGUUUGAUCAUUUAUCUCGACGACAUUUUGAUCAUAGCCUCUUCAGCUGAAACAUUGAACCUUUACAAAAAAAUAGCAAUCGACUUGCUAGAGUGUCUGGUAUUCCUGAUAAAUUACUUGUUCUUAGGGAUGUUGUUAGACUCGGCAUCAAUGCAGUUCGUAUUGCCUCAAACCAAACAAAAGCUGUGCAAAUUUAAAAAGAAUGUCGUCUGCUAUUGAAUUCAACUACUCCUACAAUUCGACAUCUCUCUCGGGUGCUGGGACUGCUCGAGUCCUGCCUCCCAGCGAUAUGGUCUGCCCCACUCCACUACCGUCAUCUACAAACUUUGCAGACAACCGCUUUGCAGAUGUGGUCUAAUUACAGUGCCUUGAUAAGUUUGACACCUACAGCCAAGACAGACCUGGCAUGGUGGAUAACUGCCCUACAAAUACAGCAGGGAAGUAAAAUUAUUUCACCAUUAGCAGAUUUGACCAUCUCUUCGGAUGCUUCCAAACAGGGGGGGGCACGCUGAGGUACCCAGCGCACGGGAGGUUGUUGGAGCGAGCGAGAGUCACAAGACCACAUAAACAUAUUAGAACUUCGAGCAGCAUUCUUUGCCCUCAAGUCCUUCUUGCCGAGUCAGACAAACAGAGUAGUUUGCUUAAAGAUGGACCAUCAUACCACUGCAGUUGCCUACCUACACAACAUGGAAGGCACUCAUUGCCCCCAAACUACUCCAUCGAGCAUUGGAGGUCUGGGAGUGGUGCGAGAAGAGGAAUAUAUUUCUUCUUCCACAGCACAUCCCGGGCAAGACAAAUGUCGAGGCGGAUGCAGAGUCACCGGUGAAACGCGAUUUGAACGACUGGAGCAUACAUCCAAAAGUUAUGGCUCCUUUAAUGCACGGUGGACCUGUUUGCCUCUCACCUUACGCAUCAACUAAAACAGUACGUCAGUUGCAGGUCGGACCCGAACGCAAUGCACAUCGAUGCGUUCACAAUGAAUUGGUCGAACCUGGUGGCAUAUGCCUUCCCUCCAUUCAGUCUACUAACAGCAGUACUUCACAAAGCCAGAAAGGAGGCAGCAAUGCUUGUGUUGGUUGCACCUUUAUGGACCGCACAGCAAUCUCACCGUCAAAUUUCACACCCACCACAACCUAGACACCAGCGCAAUUGGGAUGUUUCUGUCAUUACUACCUACCUGACCAAUAUGGGUGAUAAUAGUGCAAUUACUUUGAAGAAACUUUCACAGAAACUCUGUAUGUUAAUGGCGCUAACUUGCCCUGAAAGAAGCUCGGUCAUGGCUUCAUUGGACAUCACUUACAUGCGCUUCUACCCAGAAGGAGUCAAGUUCUCUCACACCAUUUUUCGCAAGCGACCUCAUAGUGGGAAUUUAGGGGAAUCGGUUUAUCCUAUGUUUACCAAAGAAUCUCUCUGUCCGGAUAUGUGUCUUAUAGAGUACCUAAAACAAACAAAAGAAUGGAGACAAAAGAACGACAACAAACCAUGUCUUUUUCCGUCUUUCAAAAAGCCUCACAAACCUGUUUUCUUAUCAACGCUUUAACGUUGGGUUAAGGAAGUAAUCCGCCGGUUGGGAAUUAAGGACGAUAUCUUUAAAGGCCACUCG